CCGAGAGCCCAGAGACACUUGCGUGCAGCCCUCAGGGUGGCUGGUGCAGGAUGCAGGCAGGUGGGGACAUAAUGUUGAUGACAGAGGCCUCAGAGCCCAAGGCUACACUCUGAAAGGAGCAACCCACGCCUUCUCUCUUGGAGAACAAGGCUCUCGAGACCGGCCCCUGCCCACCUGUCCGGCUCGUGCAACAUGCGGCCCCUGGGCCUCGAUGGUACCUCCCCGCCCUGCCGGCGACCUCUGCUGCGUCUGCUACUCCUGCUGUCGCUGCUGCCGCCGCUGCCGCCGCCCUUAACGCGCGCCCAGACCGCUCAGGGAACCCCCAGCGCCCCGACCACGCCGGCCACCUCCAGCACCCCAAGUCUGCGGAAGCGCGCGCGGGCUCUGAUGCGAGACUUCCCUCUCGUGGACGGCCACAAUGACAUGCCCCUUGUCCUGAGGCAGUUUUAUGGCAACAGGCUACAGGAUGUUAAUCUGCGCAAUUUCAGCCAUGGCCAGACCAGCCUGGACAGGCUUAGAGACGGUCUCGUGGGUGCCCAGUUCUGGUCAGCCUACGUCCCAUGCCAGACCCAGGAAAGGGAUGCUGUGCGCCUCACCCUGGAGCAGAUUGACCUCAUUCGCCGCAUGUGUGCCUCCUAUUCUGAGUUGGAGCUUGUGACCUCAGUUAAAGCUCUGAACAAUACCCGGAAGUUGGCUUGCCUCAUUGGUGUGGAGGGUGGACACUCGCUGGACAGUAGCCUUUCCGUCUUGCGUACGUUCUAUGUGCUGGGUGUGCGCUACCUGACGCUCACUCACACCUGCAACACACCCUGGGCAGAGAGCUCAUCUAAGGGCAUCCAUCCCUUCUAUAGCAGUGUCAGUGGGCUGACCAGCUUUGGUGAGAAAGUGGUGGUUGAAAUGAACCGCUUGGGCAUGAUGGUAGAUUUGUCCCAUGUCUCUGACACUGUGGCACGGCGAGCCUUGGAAGUGUCACAGGCACCUGUGAUCUUCUCCCACUCAGCUGCCCGGGGUGUGUGCAAGAAUGCCAGGAACAUUCCUGAUGACAUCCUGCAGCUUCUGAAGAAGAAUGGUGGUAUCGUGAUGGUGUCUUUGUCACCGGGGGUGCUGCAGUGCAACCUGUUAGCCAAUGUGUCCACUGUGGCAGAUCACUUUGACUACAUCAAGGCAGUCAUUGGAUCCAAGUUCAUUGGGAUUGGUGGAGAUCAUGAUGGGGCUAAACGGUUCCCUCAGGGACUGGAGGACGUGUCCACAUACCCAGUUCUGAUAGAAGAGUUGCUGAGUCGUGGCUGGAGUGAGGAAGAGCUCCAGGGUGUCCUUCGUGGAAACCUGCUGCGGGUCUUUGGACAGGUGGAACAGGUACAUUUUUUUUGUGUUCCAACUCAAAACUAAGUGUUCAUCAGGAUUCUCCUUAUUUUGGUGGACCCUGGACACUAAUCUCUGCCUCUUUAGAGCACCACACCCCUAGUAGAAGAACUAGCCCAAAAGUUGGGCUUAUCUCUAGCUUUCCACUUUCCUUGGAUCCUCAUCAAGUAAUUUUUUAAUAUCUUGUUUAACUUUCUGAUGUCUUCAGGAAGAUCCUUUUUAUAUUUUGCCCAACAUUUCCAGUUAUCAGAAAGAGUAUAACUCUGAUUUACUUAGUCAACCAAAAUCAGACAUGUGAAAUGGUGUUUAUUUAUUAAUUCAAUAACAUUAAAAAUCAAUCAUAGGGGCAGUUGGGUGGCUUAGUUGAUUGA